AUGGAUCCCAAGGGGCUCCUCUCCUUGAACGUCCUGCUGUUUUUCUCCCUAGCUUUUGAGCUGAGCUGCAGAACAGGUGAGGGCUCAACGAAUUGCCCAGUGAUGAUCCUUGGGCGGCUGGGAAGCAGUGUGCUGCUGCCCCUGACAUCUGACGGGAUAAGUAAGAGCAUGAAUAAGAGUAUUCACAUCCUUGUCACAAUGGCAGGAUCACCCAUAGACACCGUCAAGAAGAAAAUAGUGUCUCUGGAUCUGCGGAAAGGUGACUCUCCACACCAUCUGGAGAAUGGCUAUGAGUUUCAUCCAGAAAACCUGAGCCUGAGGAUCCUGAAAAGCAGGAAGGAGGAUGAGGGCUGGUACUUUAUGAGCCUGGAGGAAAACAUUUCAGUCCAGCAAUUUUGCCUGCAGCUGAAGCUCUAUGAGCAGGUCUCCACUCCAGAAAUUAAGGUGUUGAACUCCAGCCAGGAGAACGGGAACUGUAGCCUGAUGCUGGCCUGCAUGGUGGAGAAGGGGGACCAUGUAGCUUACAACUGGAGUGAGGAGGCGGGCACCCCUCUGCUGAGCCCCACCAAGAACUCCCACCUCCUGUAUCUCACCCUUGGCCCUCAGGAUGCCAACAACAUCUACAUCUGCACCGUGAGCAACCCCAUCAGCAAUGGCUCUCAGACCUUCAUCCCGUGGUCCAGAUGCAGCCUCGGUUCCUCAGAAGCAAGACAAUGGGCACUGUAUGCUGGGCUCUUCUUAGGGGUCAUCGUUGGUGUCAUCAUGAUUCUGCAAGUGGCAAUACUACUGUUGAGAAGAAGAGGUAAAACAGACAAUUACCAGCCAACAAUGGAAGCAAAAAGCCUUACUAUCUAUGCCCAAGUCCAGAAAUCAGGUUCUGUUCAGAAGAAACCUGACUCUCUGCCAGCUCAGGACCCCUGCACCACCAUUUACGUUGCUGCCACAGAGCCUGUGCCAGAGCCCGUCCAGCAAUCAAGCUCCAUCACAGUAUAUGCCAGCGUGACACUUCCAGAGAGCUGA